CAACAAGUUCAACAGCAAGAUCGUCAUCAGACGGAAAAAUCGGAAGAGGGUAGUAAACAAACUUUUGUUUCUGGUUUUGUAAGGAGUUAUAUUUCCAUGUGAAAACAAUUUUUUCUUCCAUUUGCUAUACUAACUUAACUUGCUGCCAAUAUAGAGACCCAUUAGUGACAUUGCCGCCGAACGGUAGUGUUCUUGCAGAAAGAUUUUUCCUUUGGAUAAGAAAUGGAAUCUGCAGACAAAGAUUCAAAACCAGAGAAGGAAGAAGAUCUCAGCAAGCUAUUAGACAGCUGUUUAGAUGAUUUCAACAAAACAAUGCCGAAAGCCAGUGCAGCUAGUAAACAAAAUACCACUGCUGGUGCGACAGCAGCAUCCAAUGCACCCAGUGGUGCUAGUGAUGCUUCUGGUCUUGAAGCAACUUGGACAGAAGAAUUUAAGCAGUUCAAUAAAAUGAUGGAGACCUACAUGGAUGAUGAGGGAGAAGUAGGUGACAUGAAAAAGUGGAUGGAGUCUCUUUCUGGUGGCCAGAACACUCCUUUUGAUUCUGAUGAAUUUGCCAGAACUUUUACCGACACCCUUAAAGAACUCACUGAGCAAGCUCAAAAUAUACCUGAAACAAAUCCAGAAGACUUGGCCAAUUUAUUGGGGGGUCUUGAUUUGGGUGGUGCAUCUGGUGGUGGUGGUGAUCAGCUCUCUGAUGUGAUGCCACUCAUGCAAAAUGUUAUGCAAAAACUUAUGUCCAAGGAACUGCUCUAUCCAUCCAUCAAAGAAAUUGUCGAAAAGUAUCCUGAUUGGUUAAAAGAAAAGCAACCCACAUUAUCCCAAAGCGAUUAUGAUAAUUAUAAGAAACAAUAUGAUCUUAUGCUUAAGGUGUGUGAGGAGUUUGAAAAAGAAACAGUCGAUACGGAGGCCUCUAAAAAAGAACAGUUUGAGAAAGUAUUGCAGCUAAUGCAACAGAUCCAAAAUUAUGGUAAUCCUCCCAAAGAGCUUGUGUCCAGUGUUGGAUCUGUACCUUUAGAUGAACAGGGUAAUUUACAAAUACCUGGAUUACCACAGCAAUGCUCUGUAAUGUGAAAUCUAUUUAUUUUGUAUAUACCAUUUCAAGUUAAAUUUGCUGUCCUUUGGAUAAUAUCCUGAUCAUUAUAUUGAUUUUUGUUUUAAUUAAGGUUUAUAAGAAAUAAAAUAUUUUGUAAUCA